AAGAAAGAGAAAAAGCUUAGUUCCAUUUAAAAAUGGCGUCUCACCGAGUUGUCCUUUUCGCACGGGUAUAAUUUUAAAAUUAUCUCAUCUAACUGUUAUCAAAACAAUAAAAUACAUUGUUUAUUUACAAAAGUAAAUGUAACUACGUGUCUGUGUGUAAUUUCCAACCACCCAAAACCCCGCAUUGUUACAAAAUAGGUUAAAAUGUCGUAUGGGCGAGGCGGUUUUUCACUAAAUCCUACACAAUAUUUAGCGUUGAAACGCUCGUUUUAGUGUAGAAAACAAACAUAACAAACGUAAAAAUGGACAAGAAAAACAAAAAGAAAACUGUGAUUAAAAGAAAAACUGAAGACAGUGGUGAGAGUGAGAAAAAAAGUAAAAUAAUGGUGAAUCGUAAAAAUGAAGAGAAGAAAGAGACUGUGGAAGUGGUGAAUCAAGUUGUGGAGGUUCCUGUUGAGCAGGGCCAGCAGAUUGUUCAUACGGGGCAGCUGGUGGAAGGGAAUUUCGAGCAGCCAGUCUUCGUGAACAUGAAGGGAGAGCCAGUUCAACUCGGUCCUAACACAGUGAUACUUUACGAACAGAGCGGGAACCCGUCGAAUUUCGCGUUCGGUGGUAUGUGGACCAUGGAUUCUUCUGGACGGAUUGUCAUGGCAGAGACAAUCUAUGACGUGAAAGGAGAACCGGAGGAAGAAGGCGCUAAUUUCGUGCAGAGUAAUACUGAAGUUACUACGCAACAAGUAGAAGAGCCGCAGAACACAUACCAGCAGUUUGAGCUGAGCAGCGGCACUGCGGUGGACGGCCAGCAGGAGUAUGAAGUGGCCAUCAUCGACAACUCGCCCGCUGAGGCUACGGAGACCCCUGAGCCUCAAGUGGUGACAAAUGAAGACCAGCUGGUUGCGACAGGCACGGGUGCCGUGCGCUGGCUCAACCAGAAAUAUGACUUUGUCGUUAGAAAACUACAGUUGAACUAUGAUGCCGGUGUAAAACUCCUACACUCGCAGUCUGGUUGCAUUCAAUGCGUGUAUCUAACCACGCCGAGCAUGCAGCUGGCUUUCAAUGCUGUACCACAAUUCUUGUGCAUAGAGACUGGAAUAGAAUUUAAUAGCUCAAUACCGACUGUGGGUGGGACGGGGACGCCGUUACUGAAACAUAAUGUGACACUGUUCUUAGCUGAAGAUGGAAACGGGAAGUCUGUUAUUGUUAGUGCUGGUAUUUCAACCCUCAUUGGUGAAGAUUUAACAUGGUUGCUUGAAACUUUCAAGUCUUGCAACCCGGCGUGGAGACAGGUGCGGUGUGUGGUCUGCGACCCUACGAAAUGUCAACAGGCGGUCCGCUCAGCAUUUCCCUCAGCACACGUAACAUGCUCAGUAUGGCAAGCAUCAGUAGCCAGCGCCCGCCUGUGCGUGGAGUCGGCGCGACGCGACGACGCGCUGCUGUCGCCGCCCGACGUCGCCGCGCACUGCAAGACGUAUGCGCUAGCGCUGCUACGAGGAGAGCAUACGCAGCAACAGUUGCAGGUACUGAAGCGCGGCAUCAUCGGCACGGGCGCGGGCACGCUGCGGCUGUGGGACGCGCUGUCGCGGCCGCAGGGACCGCUCGCCAAGCUCGACGCCUGGCUCGAGGCUGAUAACUAUACUAAUAUAUUGCAUAAGGGUCUAGAAAGGCUAGUAACAAAAUUCCAGAACAUGAUUCGCAACGAGGUACAGCUCGAUGAGUUCGUGUCUAUAUUCUUCACGGUGGCCAACCAGCUGGAGAACGAGAGACGGACCUUCGCGCUCAGCAGGUUACGGGACACAGAGAAUUUAAAGCAAUCUCCUACGGACACGAUAACGCAAUAUGCAUACAAUUUGAUGAGCCAUCAAACUAAGUUGGCGCAGAAAUGUCUCGACGAUCGAGCCGGCAGAAAGCACAGCAGUGCAGCGAUCAGUAAAUACGGCACGUCCACUCAGGAGUGUUCGUGCCUGUUCAGCAAAGUGUUCCGGCUGCCCUGCAGGCAUAUACUCAUGCUUACUACUGAAUUAAAGGUGAAAACUCACAUACCGUUCGAGCCGCGGUGGACGGUGCAACAUUGUCUGUUUGGCUGUGAAAACCUCAAUAGUACCACUACUAAUAGUGCGGGCGGCACAUCGUUCAUGGAGCAGGUGGUGGUGGAGUCUGAGGAGCAGCAUCGGCAGAGCAUACAGCAGCCGCAGCAAGUGCAUCAGGUAGGCGGUGUCAGGCAACAGCAGUAUGUGUUAGCCACCCCCGGACAGCCCGCCACCCCCGUCUCACAGGUUAUCUUCAUGGGAGGAGGCGUUGGCGGCGUAGCAGGCACUGCCCCCGUAUUAACCUCCGUUCUACCCCCCGGGGGCGCAGUCCUGACCCCACACCACGCACUGCACCACUGACGUGCUGCCCGACGUCACACUGACGCCCCAUCUGACGCCUCAUCUGACCUACACAGUGCCUACUCAAAGACUAUACUGACUUCUGUGUAGAAAAUAUUACGAGUCAACUGUAUGAGUAUCAGAGUGCGUAGUA